UUGGCUGAGUGACUUCGCCGUCGUUUCUCUUUCUUUUAUCGUUUGGUUUUCCUUCUGUUUUCUGAAAAUCUUCGGUGCUAGGGUUUUGCAUCUCAAUCAUGUCGGGAAGAUCAAAUUGCUGCACCGUUUACGUAGGUAAUUUGGAUGAUAGGGUAAGUGAUAGGGUUCUGUAUGACAUUCUAAUCCAAGCUGGGCGGUUAGUGGACUUGCACAUUCCUCGGGACAAGGAAUCUGGCAAACCCAAGGGUUAUGCUUUUGCAGAAUAUGAAAGCGAGGAGAUUGCCAACUAUGCUGUUAAGCUUUUCUCCGGUCUCGUGAUUCUUCAUAACCGGAUCCUGAAGUUUGCAGUAUCUGGGCAAGACAAGCCUUCACCUAGUAGUAUCGCAAUCAAUUCAUCAUCAAAUAUAUCUCAUAAAUUGAGAUCGCAGUUUGUUCCGGGUUACUCUAGUGAAAUAUCUCAGUAUUCCAAUCGCUUGUCAACAUCAUGCAGGUUUUCAGCGUACCCCGAGAACCAUCUAGAAGCGCCUCUUUACCCUGGUUUAGUUAACCAAUCUAAUGGGUAUGGAUCACAUAUGGGUAACUACAAUAACGAAUACAGUCAGCGAUAUUGUGGGACAACUUUGGAUAGCUUUAACCAUUCUAGACCACGCCGCUAUGAAACGAGUAAUCCAGUAUACUAUCCUCCUUACGAAUUUUUGAACUAAGGCAGCUAGCACUUUGCAUUUUGGUUAAUCAUCUUAGGUAAUUUAAGCUUUAGGAUUAGUUUGAUCUCUUUGUUGAUGCAGAAGGUUUAGUGGAAAAUGAUAUGAUAUUUGCUAUGGAGCUUGCUGGUUUGUGAUAUCAAAUAUAUAGUGUCAUUCUGUAGGUGUGCAUGUUCAUAUGUUUUGGCUGUUUCAUUAUAGUUGAUACUCUAAUCCAAGUAUUGUAAUCUAUUUUUAAAAUUGUCAGAUUUACUUUACUUCGAGUUUGAUGUUAUGUAAUAUAAAUGACAUUUUUCGUGGUGACUGCAAGGGAUGGCUUUCUGUUUGUGUAUAUUUGACUGCCAGGCCAAGGUCCAAAAUGUGAACUGAUAUGGACUGACCUUGUUGCAUUUUGUAGACCUACUUGAUAACGUUUUUAUUUUUAUAUAUCUUUUCAAAUUUACAUUUGUUUA